AGGACUACAUUUCCCAGCAUGCCCCGCGGCUGCUCGAUACCGACUUCCGGUCGCGCCGCUUCCGUUCCUGGUGCGCUGACUUGGCCUUCGCGGGGCAGGAGAGAUGAAGCUCCUCAUUCUCGCUGUGUUUGUCCUGUUCCAUGUGGUCUGCGGUGAGGAAGGUGCCCGGCUCCUGGCCUCCAAAUCCCUGCUGAACAGAUAUGCCGUGGAGGGCAAGGACCUGACUCUGCAGUACAACAUCUACAAUGUCGGCUCCAGUGCCGCUUUAGAUGUGGAGCUGUCGGAUGAUUCUUUCCCGCCAGAAGAUUUUGGCAUUGUCUCUGGGAUGCUCAAUGUGAAGUGGGACAGGAUCGCUCCGGCGAGCAACGUGUCCCACACCGUGGUGCUGCGGCCUCUCAAGGCCGGAUACUUCAACUUCACUUCUGCCACCAUCACCUACCUGGCGCAGGAGGGCGGGCAGGUUGUGGUUGGAUUCACCAGUGCUCCCGGGCAGGGAGGGAUCCUGGCUCAGCGUGAGUUUGACAGGAGGUUCUCCCCUCACUUUCUGGACUGGGCGGCGUUUGGAGUGAUGACGCUGCCCUCCAUCGGGAUCCCGCUGCUGCUCUGGUACUCCAGCAAGAGGAAGUACGACACCCCCAAAACCAAAAAGAAUUGAGCGAAGCCAAGAGCCGCCAGCACCCCAGGGCGGAGGGAAGAACACGUGCCUGGAACUGCAGGUGUGUUGGGAUCAGCAGCAGCAGCCAACCUGCCAAGCGUCAGCUCCGUCAGCAGGAGAGAACCCAUCCCCUCAGCAUUCUCUUCUUGCGUUCUAAAGAAGAAAUAAACACCCGGCUGAACAUCUCAGGCCUCCACCAGGCAAACUCUGCGUCUGUGUGUUUGGCACAGAGCGCGCUCUCUGGGAUGGGGCCUCGGCGGGACUGAGGAGCUUGUUUGGGCUGCGGUUCUGCCAUCGGUGCUGCCUUCAGCCAAAGGGUUCUUUCCUCGCUGCCAUCCCCUGUUCAACCUCAGGGCCCCCUCCCUGGGUGCUGCCUGCGGGAAGGGGCUCCGGUGGGAAAAACUGGAGGUCUGGGUCUCCGUUGUGUUUGCUGAGCCGUUAAUUGCUGCAUUCCUGUUCUUUCUGGUUGCUCUGUUACAGGUUGGGGUGCGUUGAGGUACUGAGGGUUUUGUAAUAAAACAAAGGCCGUGACAA